AUGUCUUUCCUUCAUGGAGUUCUUGAGACUGUGAAAGAUGAUGAGAGUGUGAAGAAAUAUGAUGUUAAUGUUUCAAAUAAGAUUUCUACACUCCCUGAAAAAUUAGCCACCACAGAAGUCUCCGAGGCGCUGCAGGCGUGGAGCGGUGAGCUCGAAGAGCGAACCGAUAAAACACAAAAUACCUUCAAAGAACUUAGAGAUAUUAAUAUUGGUAGUAUAGAGAGUUCUUUACAUUUUCUUAAUCAAUGUUCACCUGAAAAUGUUGUAACCAUGUUAGAGAAUUGCAUCCUUGAUAGCGUGAAACUUGACAAUGCAUUCGUAGUUGCUGAAGAAGCCUACAAAAACCUAGACCCCAAACUUAAAGAUAAGUUGAAAGACGCCGUGAAUAACAUAAAGUUGCAGGUGCGGGAGUUUGCGGCUGCGGCGCGGAACGAUGAGUUGAAGGGGCUCCUCGAGGAGGGGGAGAGGCAGCUUGGAACUCUUGAAACUGCACUAAGGGAAGAAUGUAAGAGAGAAAUUAACGUAUAUAAAGAUUAUUUAGAGAAUCAGUUUAAAACGCAAAUUAAGGAGCGUAUAACUGAAAUCAAUGGAGCAUUGAAAACGCACAUUUCGACACUGCUUAGUUGGAUUGACAAGGCAAACCCAUUUGUUAGGGAAUGUCUGGAGGUAGUAGAAGAGAUUCUGAACGAUCUAAAUGGGAACGUUAAAAAUAGUAGGAAUUAUCCAAAAGAAAUUAGGGACCACGCCAGAAAAUUAAAAGAUGACGCAAAGGCGCUUUAUGAAACCAUGCAGGCAACGCAUAGAUAUAUUACGUAUCAAAUUGAAACGGCCUUGGGGGCGGUAAAAUAUGAACUUACGGACUGUGUUAAAGCCGAUUUUGCAAAGCUUAGAGACGCGAUUAAAGGAACGGUUGGAAUGUAUGUGAGUCAGUUGGGAGAAAAGGUUAAGAGUCAGCUUACGACUCUGACUAAAAAGAUUGCGGAUGAUGAUGCAGCAGAUGAUGACAUGAAGCAAUAUGAAGGUCUCCUUGAUGAAGUUGAGAACGGCGUUGGGAUGUAUGCGCAGCAGUUCACUGAGGGGAAUUUUGAACGAAAAGUUGGUGAGUGGAUAAAAGAUAUUUUAAAAAACUACCCUGUUAAGGGGUAUAUUGAUGCAUAUGUUGACACUAAGAAUGGAAGGAUGAACGGAAAGACGCCGGAAAUGUUGCGUGAUGCCGUUGAACACCAUAUAAAGAAUGAACUUAGAAGUGAAAUAGGCGCAGGCAAUAUAAAUACCACGGCUAAAAUUCAGGGGAAUGUUGAAGCUGUCAUAAGAGGUAUCGAAGCAUUCGUAGCAAAGCUUGAGGGAAGGUUCCAGUCUCCCGGAAUCGGCGCACUUGCCUCUAGUGUAGUCACCGCAAUUGUCAGUACGACACAUCCUAAUGUGUUUAACGGAUUUCCUGUUGACACGGAGAAAUAUCUUCAACCUGCCGUCCAACUAAAUCUGCAUCAAUUACUCGGCGUGACAAGGCAAACAGCUAAGGAACUUAGCUCAUUUGCUCUAAAAAAGUGGUCUGGUGAUAACACUCUUGCAUCCAACGUAACUCAGGCUAUCGAUAAAGUUAAGGCGCUUGCCCAGGACCUUGCAGAUAAACUAAAACCCGACCAGGCAUCCGGUCCUAGCACAAAUCUCGGCGCUGAACUUCAACAGGAGGUUGAAAAGCAGGUUGGUGAUACGUAUGGGCAGAAUGGUCAAGAGGUUUCAACCAAUAGAAACGGCUUUACUACGUCGUAUGACGGAAAAGACGGAACAGUGAAGGUGACCGGCUUUUUGGAUAAAGCAAAGGGGUCUGACGGUCUGGAGAGAAUUAAGAACGUCCAUGGGGUGAACGGUGCUAUAACCGUGAAAACUAUCAGAGAUUUGUACGUGGAACUAAUCCGAAACUUUGACAACCUUAUAGAUGUUAUAAAAUACAAGGUGGGAGAAACUGAUACUAAAGAAAGUUGUCUCAAAUAUAAAUUGGAUAGGGUCAAAUGUUUGAUUAAUAAUAAUACAGAUGACGAGCAAGUCUACGGUCAGGUUGGACUUACGAAAAUAUACACGGACCUUAGCAUUCAACGAGGUAAUCUAGAACAACUGAUAACCACCGCCGAAAAUUUUAUUACAGAUAUAAUCCAAGCCGAGGCUGCCCGAACAAUCUCCCGACUUCAGCAAUUCGUCACUGAGAAAAUUACGAAGGUGAAGAAGCAUCUCCAGGUGACAGCCAAAGAGGAAUAUCACUAUAAGAUUAAUAAACUCUUCACCUCCAUGAAACAGCAAGUCUCCUCCAACAUCCUUACCAUCGAACAGACCAUCCGCCAAGAUCUCAACUCCGGCGUCAAGGGGCUGCUGCGCAAGGUGAUGGAUAAGGAGAGGAAGGAUAAAGUGGCUGAAAAUAUGUUGCUUAAGUUGAAUGAGCAUCAGAACAAGAAUGCUAAUGAAAAGUUUACAACAUUAUCUAAGAAUUUACGAGAAUAUUUAAAACCCAUUGUGAAUCAUGUCGAAAAUGAAGCGAUGACUGCGGUAGCCGGUAAGGCGACGCACCCAAAUGAUGAGUCUGACAAUGUUCGUAAAACUCGUGAAAAAUUAGAUGACUUGAUUGACCAUCUCGGCAGAGAAAAAGAUCGUAAAAGCUAUAAUUAUGAUUAUCAAUUCUCCGAAAAACUAGAAAAUCUCAAAUCCCAAGUCACUUCCCUCUCCCCCUCCAACUUCCACGGCUUCCACAACCCGCUUCUCCUCGACGCCCUCAAGGCCGGCAUGACCAAAUUCACCGAGCAACUCCGACACGCGUAUGUGAACGCUUAUAGCGGGAAAACGGUAACGUGGGAGGAAACUAAAAAACCAGGUGACACAUCCUCCGAAACUGUCCUUUCCACCGAGGGCCGCAACUGCGCCAAGGUGUGCCUGACCAUACUGGAGAGAGUGUUCCAUGACCUUAAUGAUUUAAGGAAGAAAUGUAUUCCAAAUACCGGUCAGUGGAAAGAUGAUACAGUUUUUCUCUAUGACGCAGCCAAUACAGCAGAUAAUCUUCUUGGCGCCUGGUUGAAUGGGCGCGGUUACCGUGUGUCCAAGAAAAAGCAAGAUGGCCAAUUGAACCGAAAGAAAACAGGCGGCGAUAUUCAUGGUCUCCUUGUUAGCAUGAUUCAUCAUAAUCGCGUAUUCCGAGAUGAUGAUGCCAAUUAUGAUAAUGACGGCUCACUCAGGACGGUCCACUACUACCUUGACACAUAUUAUUACGUCACUCACCUAGAAUAUCAUCCAUCACCUAGAGCACCCUGUAAUAUUUACCAGAUGCUUCAAUGGCUUCUCGGAUUGUACUACAAUCCGAUCUGCAAAAAAUUGGAAGCGCACAUUAAGACACUGUUCGACAAGCCCAACGGGAAGAAUGAUACCAGAGACUACAAGGAGAUUCCCGCAAAGGAACUAAAACUGUCCGCAACCACAACAUUUUCAGCUGAGAAUGUAACGCACAAUCUCGCGUAUGUUAGUGACCUGGCCGAAAAAGCACUCGUUGCCAUCAUGGGCCACGGCCACGCGGACGGUGUAUACGCGUGUGACUUCUAUACCAACAAUGCUAAUUUAUUGUAUCCAAGCAACCCAGCUUCAUGCUUAGACAUGCUUACAGACAUUUCAUUGAGAGUGUAUCAUCAGCUCGAAUUUUUAUUUACUCAGUGUCAACGCACUUCGGACACUAAUAGCUGGCGUGACUGUUGGUACGGUAGGCACAUUGGUGGGUCAUCCUGGACGUGCAACUCUAUCCAAUGUCCCACCCAAAACGCUGACCAAAAAGGUAACCAAAACCAUGACCAAAUGUGUAACCAAAAGUGUGGUCUGCAAGUAAAUUGCGGCCUGAAAUCGCCGCUCCAGUCGUUCUUGGAAGAUGGUUUACAAGGCUUUCUGCCUCAUCAAUUUAAGAAUCCAGGCUGCAAACUGGAAUGCACUGUAAGCAAUCACAGAGGACUCCCAUGUAAGACGCCGAUGGGAUUUACUGAUAUUAGCAAUGCUGCAUCACAUACUAAGAACGGUGCGUACCUCAGGAAGGUUCUGAUAGGAGUCUGCGGCAGGCCAAAUACUCCCCUUGCUUUGCUCUGCGCUCAACUCACAUGCCUAUUACAGCGAACGCCUCAGACGUUAGAUGAUUUGUUCUCGUUCUACUACUAUUUCCUUAGUGAGUGGAGCAGGGACACAGAGCACAAGCAGACAGCUUUUAACGAGGCCCUCACCAGGGCGUACUUCGGCCAAUCCUACGCUGACUUUAACGCAAAUUCAAUUUGGUUCAGUAGCCAUCAUUCGCAUAGAACCCAUCUCAAAGGUGACCUGUAUAGUCUCCACCGGUGUGACUAUGAAGGAAACUCUGAAAUUUCGUGCGGACGAUACCUACAGCCUAUGGGCAUGAAUAUAUGGAAUACGUUCUCGAACAAAAAUGCCGACAAAUACCUUUCAUGGGUUGUGUAUUUGACAGAAACCUUCUAUGAUCUGCUGAAAAAGUUGUAUGACGAUUGCUGUGAAAAAUGUGAUAAGCAGGGGACUAAGUGCUAUGAAAAAUGCUGUGAUAAAAUGUGCCCAGUAAAAUCUUCUUACGAAUCUAAACAAUCCGAUAGUGACACAAAACAAUCCCAAGCAGUCACAAAUGUGCAUCACAUCAAAGACUGCAAAUCCAUUGCUAAUUGCCCAUUCACUCGGCCGACACUAGCUAAAUAUGGUUUUGUAUUUCAGAGUUCAUAUAAUCUGAGCGGAAAUGACGACGUCAAUAUGAGACGUACGUGCAGAGAUUUCUGCCAAACAUUAGAAAGAGCCUUGGACAAAACAGAAGCAAAAGGACACGCACUUGCCAGGUUAAUUUAUCGUACAAUUCCUAAUUACCUCUGGGCUAUAAGAUCCAAAUUCUCCAUCACUCUCGUAGCCCUCUGGUCCCUCUCUUUGCUCUACCUGCUGCACAUCGCCGUCGUCCGCCUCGACGUCCUGAGGAUACGCUCCCACCUGAGAUCACCCGCAAGCCACCGCAUCGCCGCACAGUCCCUCCUCGCCGCCGCACGCGUCAAGGCACUCGCAAACGUCAAGUACUUCUCACCAUAA